AGGGAUGGGAGUUUAGGGUGGUUUCGGGUUGGGGAAUUCAAGUUUUGGGCGGUUUCGGUGGUGGUGCAGGGGGAGGGCGUGGCUCUGGAAGGAGGGUGGUUCCGGGUCUACGGCUAGAGCUGGGGGUAUUUUUUUGCCGAUUAUCAAAUCGCUUUCGCUUUCUGCCGGGAGUUUGCCUGGUGGGGAGUCUAGGAAGAAGCUCGGAUCUUACCUUAUUAUGACUCAAUUUCAGCCUUGACAAUUUAAACCAUGGCAAAGAGAAAGAGAGAUAAUGAUGUUUUGGUGAAGAUGGAUUAUUGCCCUUACCUUGAUACGGUAAACAGGCAUAAUCUAGAUUUUGAUUUCGAGAAGCAUUGUUCCAAGUGUUUUAAAAAGGAGGAUGUUUAUGCUUGUUUGGUAUGCGGCAAGUAUUAUCAUGGAAAGCGUUUCGACUCACAUGCAUAUGAACACAGCCGCAACUAUAAACAUCAUGUUUUUCUUAAUUUACAAACGGAGAAAUUUUACUGUCUUCCCGAUGGAUAUGAAAUAUUUGACUCGUCUCUAGAUGAUAUUCGUCACGUUCUAAAUCCAAGGUUUACUUCGGAACAGAUUGAACAGCUAGAUAAAAGCAAGCUGUGGUCGAGAGCUCUUAAUUGUUCUUUUUACCUCCCUGGAUUGGUAGGACUUAAUAAGUUGAAGGAAGCUGAUUUUGCCAAUGUUGUGAUUCAAGCACUUGUACGUGUUACACCUUUGAGGAACUUUUUCCUAGUCCCAGAGAACUACAAACAUUGUAAAUCUUCCCUGGUUCAUCGUUUCGGAGAGCUCAUUCGAAAAAUUUGGCAUCCAAAAAAUUUUAAAAGACAGGUGAACCCCCAUGAAUUUUUACAAGCUGUGAUAAAAGAUAGUGAUAAUCGGUUUCAAAUGGGUGUACAAUCUGACCCAGUUGAGUUUAUGUCUUGGCUCCUUGAUACUCUACAUUUGCAUCUCACAAGUUCAAACAACAAUACAAGCAUCAUUACCCAAUGCUUUCAAGGAGAAUUGGAAGUUGUCAAGGAGAUCCAAAGUAAAGGUAUAAGAGAAUAUGGUGUUGCAGCUGCUGAUGAUGGUGCAUCUGAAAAUUCUAAUGCUCACAUAGAGACAUUCACAGUGCCAUUUAUAAUGCUUGACCUGGAUUUGCCACCUCCACCACUCUUUAAAGAUGCCUUGGAGAAAAAUAUAAUCCCUCAGGUUCCACUUUUCAAUAUAUUGAAGAAGUUUGUUAGGGAGACCAUAACAGAAGCUGUGCAUCCUCAAAUAGCUAAGAUGCAGUAUCGUGUCACAAAACUACCACCUUACGUUAUUAUGCACCUACGGCGAUUUACCAAAAGCAACAACUUUGUUGAAAAGAAUCCUACCAUUGUUAAUUUUCCAGUGAAAAACCUUGAGAUGAAGGAUUACAUUGCUCUGAAAGAUGCCGAGAAAUUGAGGUCAAAAUAUGAUCUAAUGGCAAAUAUUGUCCAUGAAGGCACGCCUAUCCAAGGAUCGUAUAAAGUCUGCGUUCAAAGAAAGUCGGAGGAUCAAUGGUAUGAGGUCCAGGAUUUGCAUGUUUCAGAAACAAAAGCUGAGAUGGUUGCCCUUUCAGAAGCAUACGUGCUGAUGUAUGAGCUGCAAUCAAAUCUUUGAAAGCCACACGAGUAGAAUAACAGUGAUCACCUUAGGCUUAGACUUUAUAUUAGUGACUUUAUCUUUUCAGUAUUUUAAAUUCCUUGUUUGAUAACUUUUAUAGUUUUAUGUAUGAAGCAAAAAUUAAAUUAAAAAAAUAAAAGAAAAAGACCUAAAAGUUUUGGCUGGAAAAUUUUCAAUGUAAUCGUGACAGUGCGACACGUGUACUCCCAAGAUUUUAUUUGGGAAUUGUUUUAGCAUAGGGUAUAGAUUUAGACUCAUAGAUUUUGUUAAAAUUCUAUUACUGUAUAUUGUUUUGUUAAAAUUCUAUCUUUCCUCUAA